AUGACGACCGAACCUCUUCCACGACAUGCCGAGGACCUCCGAAGGGAAAUUAAGUCAAUGAUACCAGAAGCUUGCGCCAUCAAAGAAGAUCAGCUGCAGUUCGCUACGGUUUCAAGUGAGGAUUCAGAGGGAAACAAAGAAUAUGUCGGGGAGCUACUUGGGAAAAAGGUUUCCGCUUUGGUUCAGCAACUGCCGAUAGGUGCUGGAUGGGGAUGGACUCUCGUCUAUUUUCGAAAGUCGCGGGGGGUAAUGAAUGUAUUGAAGGAUAUGUACUUGAUUCCGCUUUCUGGCGGCGCAACGAUCACCCCAGGCGGCUCGCUUGAAGAAGGGACAUAUACACAUAUCAAGGACGAGCCUGUGUUAAGCUCAGACACGGCAGUAAUAUUUAUUGCGCGUCCUUAA